UCUCAAUCCCUCCCUCCUUCCUUCCUCGGGCCAAUUCACUUCCGUCACAUCAUGGCGACACGGGUUGUACAGGAGGCGAGCAGGCAUGAUUUAACAGCGGAGGACCGGGAGUUUCGAGGUGAAACCAUGGAAACUCAGGAGGUUUGUGGACUGCAUGUAGCUUCUAGAGGUUUGUUGGUUGAUGGCGCCUGCACUGACUCUGCUCCUGUCCUCCAUGCAGUGGAUGCCACUGCUAAAAUAAUUGAAAACGCUUGCAACUUGCAUCCGGCCUGCUACACCAGAGAGAGUGGACUGCUAUCUGUCUCAUCCGCCUGUGUCAUGUUGGAAACAAGAGGAGAGAUACCUGGCAGUGAGGAUAUGCGAAUGGACCCUGCUGGGGGAGAGCACCAUCUGCUUUUGGAUAAAAACAAAGAAAAGGCUCUCGGGAAAGAAGUGAUGUUGCUCAUGCAAGCAUUGAACACGCUCAGCACUCCAGAGGAGAAACUGGCAGCUUUGUGCAAGAAAUAUGCAGACUUGUUGGAAGAGAACAGAAGUGUCCAGAAGCAAAUAAAACUGCUUCAGAAGAAACAGGCGCAGAUAGUGAAGGAGAAAGUUCACCUGCAGAGUGAGCACAGCAAAGCCAUUCUCGCUCGUAGUAAGCUGGAGAGUCUUUGCCGUGAACUUCAGCGUCAUAAUAAAACCUUAAAGGAGGAAAACAUGCAGCGAGCGCGGGAGGAAGAAGAACGUCGCAAGGAAGUGACAGCGCAUUUUCAAAUGACCCUCAAUGAAAUUCAGGCCCAGAUGGAUCAGCACAACCUGCACAACACUAAGCUACGGCAGGAAAACAUCGAACUAGCUGAACAACUGAAGAAACUAAUAGAACAGUAUGAGCUGCGAGAAGAGCACAUUGACAAAGUAUUCAAGCAUAAGGAACUACAACAGCAGUUGGUAGAUGCCAAGCUCCAGCGAACUACAGAGAUUAUGAAAGAGGUGGAUGAGGAGCAUCAUAGAGAGAGGGAGUUUCUGCUAAAGGAAGCUACUGAAUUGAGGCACAAAUGUGAACUGAUGAAGCAGCAGGAGGCACAACUGAAACAGCAACUUUCCCUGUAUAUGGAUAAGUUUGAAGAAUUCCAGAGCACAUUGGCAAAGAGCAAUGAAGUUUUUACAACGUUCAGGCAGGAAAUGGAAAAGAUGACAAAGAAAAUCAAGAAGCUGGAGAAAGAAACCACUGUAUGGCGCACUAAGUGGGAGAACAAUAACAAAGCACUCUUACAGAUGGCUGAGGAGAAGACGCUUCGCGACAAGGAGUAUAAAGGUCUACAGGUGAAACUGGAGCGGCUGGAAAAGCUUUGCAGAGCGCUGCAGACGGAGAGGAAUGACCUGAAUAAAAAAGUGCAGCUUCUUCAGUGUCAGCUUUCAGGAAGUGAUCGGCCUUUAGAGCUGACGAAAGAGGGAUAUCAGGCAUGCAAGACCCCAUAUCCCCCCGAGCUGGUGGUGGUGAACACUUCGAGUCAAGAGGAAGUUGGAAGUCAGUCUCAUGCUGCAGCUAUUUUAGAUCAGGAACAUUCAACUGGAGAAUUAGAAAAUGCAGUUGUGGCUUUGGGCAUAGAUUCUGUUGACUAAAACUAUCUGUUUUAAAGAAUUGUGUGGAGUUAUAUAUUUUUGUGUAAUUAUUGUUUGAGUUGUUCUUGGUAAUUAUUGGCUUUGUGGUGAGAAUUUCUAACACAUUUUUCUACCAUAUCUGUAUUUUCUUAGGGGGAUAAAGGAAUUUAUGUGGUUCAAGUAGUUGUAUGGUGGGUCAAGUUUAGUCUACUUUAUAAAGUUUCAUAAUUGACUAUAAUUGCUUCAUUUUUAGAAUUGAAAUUUUUGACAUUGCAAUCCACCUCAACAUUUAAUACUUGGACUGAGAUGUAAACAUUUCAUGUAAUUUUAAUAACAGAUGAGUGACUUUUUAUUUUAAAAACUGAGCUCGUUUUUUCACAAUGUAGGUGCAACUGGAUAUAUUUGGUCAGGACAUGCUUCCAGAGAGAGGAUUGGUGUUCGUUUUUCUGACAUUGUGCUUUUUGGCUCUUGAACAUCCAUAAAGCACUGUUUCUUGAGUGAAACAUUUAACAGAUGUGGAAACAUCUAAAGUUAGGAGUUGGAGCGUAGCAUAACAAUCUCUGAUUGUCGAUUGCUUCAGAUGAAUAAAGGCAGAUAAGAAACAGGGUCCAUUAGCAGUGUAUCCUGUACCUUUCUAGUAAGUCAUCUUCAUAUGCCUGUGUCAGAAAGAAGCUUUCAGUGGAUCAUGACCCUUAAAUGUGUUGGGAUUGAGCUUAAUUUUGUAGGCCAUUCUCUCGUCAAUAUUUUUGUUAGUUUGCAAAGCUCUGAUGUCUUAGCAUUGGAGAUGACCCUAAUAUGUUAGUAGCAAUUGACCUUUUUAAAAAAAAAUCUUUGUUUUGUAGCUUAAUUGGUCAAAGCUGCCUUUUAAUUUAUUGUUUUCCUUCAUUUAUAUUUGAGAGUUUUCGCUGACAUGAUUUGUUUUCGAAAUGUAGCUGUGGUAACUGCACUAUCCUUUCACCUCAGGAUUUGAGUCUAGACCAAAGCUAAGGAGAUAAAAAAUCCUGUGUCCCUGGCUCCAAGAGUUCCAAAUCAAAAUAAUUUUGACAGUCUGUAUAUCUGGCAUAUCUGUGUCUAAUAAGCCCAAAGCUGUCAGUGGUAGACCUCUAGCCUCAGUUAUUGUGGAUGGGAAAUAAACACUGGUUAAAUACUCUGAAGGGUGGGGUCCUAUAGAGUUUACUGGUGAAACACAUUUCAACCAUAGCAGGGACUUUUAGCUUUUAUAAAUAAGCAUGUUCAGCAACCUCCACACCCAGUCAAAUACUUUAUAAAUGCUGGGUAGCUUGACUGACUAAUUUGAGCCCUGGAUGUGAAAAAGAGACAAUUGAUUACAAGAUUCUGCCACUUUUUAACUGACGUAGUUGUCUUUGAAACUGUAACAUUACAAACUGCCUAUCAAUAUAUUAACUGUUGCACAAUACAAUUCUCAUUUCAGAAGUGCUGAUUGAAGCCCUGUUUUAGCCAGAUUUUCAUGUACGGUAUUUAGCUGUUUUCCAUAUCUUUCUACUGGCCUCCUCUUCCUCACUCAGUCACUUCUGUAAAAUAGUAUUCUGUGCUGAUUUGUCCCAAUGACAAACAAGCCUUGACACUUAUUUUAUCUCUUUUACUGACUCAUUUAUAAAAUAGCUACGGCAAUAAUCAUUAAGAAGAAUUUCUGACCACCUCAUUCAGGAAAGAAUGUUGAGGAAACUGCUCUGCAGUUGUAAGAGUUUGAAACUGAUUCGUAAAGAUCCACCAUAAUAUUUUAAUUAGAAAUUGAAUACAUGACAAUUACUCGUGAAAUACUGUUGUCAAGUGCUAUAUUUUAUUAAACUUUUCCUGUUAGUUUCAAUCAACUGGGCAGUUUAUGCAGUGUUCCCACUGAAUUGUGCCAUUGCAGCACAGUCCACGGGAAUGUGCUGCAGAAGGAAGAAAUGUUACAUAGUGGUUUCAUCUGCUACCUAGACAGUUGCCGUGCUAGAAGCAAGUAUUUGAAAGGUCAAACAUUCCACUUGAUAUGCCACUUGUCCUGUUUCAGUUCUUAACAUUCCAGACAGAAACAUCAGGAUGUCUAAUGAAAUGCAAACCUACAAACCUCAUGAAGAUUUUUUUUUCAUUUCGAGACGUUGCAUUUUUAAAAAAAUGUCAUGAAAACAGACCACUCCAAAUUUAGGAACAUCCUGAUAUCUCUGGUUGCCAAGGCUUGAAACAAACAAUAACCUUUACAACAUUUUGUUUGGGUUUUGGAGAGGGCAAGCACUAUGUACUUUUUGUAUAGUCGUCAUCUUGAGUUGCUGAAAUGUGUGUAGUAACUCACAGCACUUAACAGAUUUUAUCUUUUGUCUAGCGAAAGCUUUAAAUCUGGAGCAGCCUGAACAAAACUUGUCCUCAGGCUUCAUACAAAAGGAAUACUCAUUGGGUUCAUGUUCCUAUCAGUAAGAGUAGAAAUUGUUCGGCAAGACGGAACAAAAGUACCAGUUUUUCUAUACAGCUAGUGCACAACUGAAAGUUGCAAUGUGCUAUGGCUUAUGGUAUUCUACAAAUGAAUUUACAGAACAAGACAAAAGAACUAUUUGGAAGAUAGCAAAGAUAAUGCAGUAUGGAGCUGGAAGAACACAGCAGGCCAGGCAGCCUUGGAGGAGCAGGAAAGUUGACAUUUCAGAUCUGAAACAUUUAGUUUCCUGCUCCUCUGAUGCUGCAUUCUUUCAGCUCCAAUACUGUGUUAUCUGACUCCAGCAUCUGCAGUUCUUACUCUCUCUGGAAGAUGGCAAAGUUGGUUUUCCAUCUUAUUAGAUGCAUGAACACUGUGGUACUGGGAACUGAAAGGAUUCAGCAAGGCAUUUUCUUUAUUUGUGAAUGCGAAGAGAUCUCACAAGCAAAAGUAGUUGAGUAGUUCCUGUUUAAUAUUCACGCAAUAAACCCAUGGCUGCUUGCUCUACAAUUUGAGACACUAAUGACUUCCAUUGAAUCUGAAGUUCAGUUGCUGGCCUAUUGAAAAGUUCUGGUGACAUUCAGGGAAAAACACACCAAUUGAGAAGGUGCUCAAAACCACAUUCCAAACAAUGUUUGUGAACGGCCACUUUUCUCACUGGUAAUCAGUCAUGUAUUUGGGCAAAGUAUUAAGUUUAUUUAACACUGAGCAGAAAGCAUUUUAGAGAUAAUUAGAACUGCAGAUGCUGAAGAAUCUGAGAUAACAAGGUGUGGAGCUGGAUGAAUGCUGCAGGCCAAGCAACAUCAGAGGAGCAGGAAAGCUGAUGUUUCGGGCCUAGAGAAGGGUCCCGAUCUGAAAUGUCAGCUUUCAUGCUCCUCUGCUACUUGGUCUGCUGUGUUCAACCAGUUCUACACUUUAUCUCAAAGCAUUUUAUCCUGAUUUCAACAUUGAAAUGACUGCUAACUUCCACAUCAUUGAAAUCAGAGCAUAUUUUAUAUAAUGUAUUUAAUCCACAAUAGAGUGGAUUGAUGUACCACUAUGUUCUGUAUUUAAGAUGCACUUAAUGCAACUUUAAAAAUUAAGUAGAGACCUGGAACAGUUAGACACAGAAGAAAACAGUCUGGCAUCUCUCACGCGGUAGCUGGAAAAAGACUGCUUUUAGAAGCCACUCCUUAUACUGGGAAAAAGCAAACCAACUGGUGUUUUUUCAUACCCCCAUGCAGAGAAUUUUGAUGCCAUUUCCAUGUAGUUUAGCAUCAUUACUAAUGGUACUACAGACUGACUUUCUAGCAAACUAUCAGUAAAAUAUUUCAUAUGCAUUUCAAAGAAUAUGGUGAAAUUAAGCAGUUACUUACAAUUCCUUCAAUACUGGCUAUAAUCUUAUCCAGUUAUAUGAUUUAGUUGAUAUCACUGUUUAAGAUAGUUAUUUAUCCUAUGGAAAAAGUUCCCUUUGAAUGCAGUCAGCACCUUAUUGUCAGUAACCACUUUGUAUGCAUUCUACAAUUACGGUGAGCAAUUUAAGUUCCUGAUGAUUUUCAUAUGUUGGGAUAAAGUUUUCAAUCCAACAGUUUAACAAUGGAAAGUAUGAAUUAGUACAGUCCAAUCUCUAAGGUAACUAGCUCACCUUUAUAUCCACUUUUUGCUAUUUGCACUUGGCCAGCAGUAUUACUGCCUGCUUUAGAUAAUACUUAAUGUAAAAGUGUCUAGCAACUUGUCAGAGAAAGUAAAUAAUGCAGCCUCAACUAGUCAUCAUGAAACUACUCCAGCCCAGGUUAGAAUAUUUUGAGCCUGCUGCUGUAUUGUUCAGUACUAAAGAUACCUCACUGACUGAACACUGGUAAGUAAGUUUAACAUCAGUUUGCAAAAUUGCUGUCUAAGAUUUAAGAAAGCUUUAUUGUCUAGUAAAGCUCAAUUUUUAAAUCAGGCAGAAGCAAAAAUGCUGCUUUGUGAUUUUUGUUGUGAGAUCAUAGUUUGUACUAUGUAUCUUAAUUAUAUGAUCAAUGAUUUAAACUUAGAAAUGUGAAAUUAAAUGUCUCUUAAGCAGCAUCAUUGGGCAGUUUGAUUAAUUGAGGUACACAGAUGAUUUCCUUCUGAUCUAUAUAAUUGACUGACUCUUACAUCCUUUGCAUUUGUUCCAAAUAUCUUAAUUACUUCAGAAAUUGCAUCCCAGCUGUAACUGGUCGAAACGCCUUUUCACUUCUAUGGUAAAGUUGUCCAGAGCACUUAGUUAUUUUUAAAAAAUAACUUUGAGAGGCUUGCUGCAUUUUUUUUGACAAAAUAGUUUAAUGUAAUUACUUGCACAGAAACAAUAUCUGUAGAAGUACAUUAAUAUUGAAAUUUUAAAUUUUUUGCUAAAGCUACCCAAACAGACCAAAUCUCUUAUUAAAGAAACUUGGUGUAAACUUUCUGCAGGUUUCCUUAAGAUUUGCACCAGGUUUAAUUUUCAUAUAAUUAGGACUCUACACGAAGUGCAAAAUCUAGUUAAAAUAAUGUACCUUUCUAGCUAAUAAGGUAAAAUAAUUUGGUUGGUUUUCAUAAUUGAGAUUGAUGUGAUUUAAGCAAUUCAGGUUUAUUGUUCCUUAAUGCCCCCUAGUGUCUUGUCAGGUGAUUUCACUCCUUUCUGCUGCCUAAUGUGAUUAUCAUGUUCGGAGUGUGGGGCAACAAUUGACCUCAUUUUACUUGGACUUCAACUUAAAAAGUGAACAAUCAGGAUUUCCCUCUUAAAAACAAAAAUCAGUGAAACUCUUGCUGUAAAGUAUAGGUGGUUUUUAGGUUACAAAAAGGUUAUGAUUUUGUCAUCGACUACGCCACACACUUCGGAGCUUGCAUGUGAAGGUGAAAGCGUUAGGAGUUUGUGAAGCCUCAAAGCCAUAGCCUAAAAUCAAGAUCAGAAAGGAAAGAAAUAACAUUGUUACACAAAUGUUUGGUUUAUUUUGUUUUAUAACUGGUAAGGGAGGUGGUGACUGGAUUAUUUUUAAGCUGCUGUUCCUUGCACUUGACUGGAUUAAUGUGAGUCAGGUACAAAUUUGUUCAUCUUGUAAACAACAAAAAAAAAUCACUGACUCAGGUUAGAGGCUGCAGUUUCUAAUGGGAAGGGAAAAGGUGAAUUGAACAUUUUCAGUACAGAAAAUAAUAAUGCUUUAUGUUGGAUAUUUCAGUAUGUUUCCUUGAAACUGUCAUAACCACCAAUGAUUGUUUUUAAUAUUGGUCUUCCUACUUUGUGAAGAAUUAAGAUGCAGCUUCUAAUCCAGAUUUUACUGCAGUUCAAAACCAAACUACUUAAAAUACAGACUGUAUUUCUACUUUGAAAGUCUAACGUUUUGUGUGUGCAAAUGCAAAAAUAGCAGUUGUUUGGUGCAUAGCAUGUCUUCCUUGUACUGCCCGUGUUGAUCAGUGUUUUACCUGUGGCAAAGUACACUGUACUGACAAUGUAUUUACACAUUUAACUGAGAAUGCUGUGGUUGAAACCUCAGGUGAUGAUGAGAACAAAAAAAAAAUCUACCUCUGAACAUUGUAGCAGAGAAUUACUGUGAAACAAUGAGGCAGAAAUCGUCAAUACUUAAAAUCAGUUUUAUUUUUUUCAGGGGUUUGGGCAAGUAUUUGAAUGGGCGGUCAGCACAGUCUUGUUUUCAAAUUUUCAAGUUUUGUAGAAUUCCUGAAAUGUGAAUCUAAAAUGUUAUUUACUAAGGACAUGUACAAAGCAAAUCAAAUAUAAGUAUAGAAAACAACUAUCGCUGCUUUUUG